AUGGCGAGCCACCAGCACCAUCUCCAACAGAUCUGCGACCAAGAGACGAUCAUGCUGACACUUCUUAAUGAGCUCACGCAUCACCGAACCCAUCCCUCUUCUGGCGAUACCUUAGUGGAAGAGACUCCUGGCCUUGGUGGCAUUUUCGUUUCGCUGGCCAAUAUCGACAAAUUGCUUAGCCCGUCAAAACCUAUCUCAGAGGUGCUCGAAGAGAGAAAAGGCAAGCCACCAAUGCAGUUCAUCGUGGAAAAACUCCGCCAGCUUCGCGACAAACUCCGAUUGCCAUAUAAACAUAUAGAUGGGGAAAGGAGUCUUGAGAUGCAUGUCAAGGAUCUGUAUGAUGAGCUUCUCAAACUCCACCAAAUCCCAUGUAUUGAACCCAUGCCUGAGAAGGAAGAUUCUUUGCAUGCUGUACUAGGAAGCUUGGAAUAUUAUAUGCAGAGCUUCGGACUUAUUGACUAUUGGAGUGUCAAGGAAACUGAGUUUGCUCUCUGUCUCGGACAUGCUGCUGGGAAGAUGAAGUGCUAUAUCCCUGUAAGCUCUGCUCGUACUCCCUCGGAGUUGCUUCGACUCGGGACAGGAAUAGCACGUAGGAUGUCUAACCCAAAUCCUGAGCCUAAUGUUAUGUAG